GUUUCUUUCAACUAUGAAAAAGUUGUUUAAAAAGAAAAAGUCUGAAAAGAACUUGUCUAGUUCUAUUUUACUUGAUGAACAGAUAAAGAAGCAAUCUAUGUUUGCUCCGCCUUCUACUUCUUCUAUGAUUAAUAUGCCGCAGUCUACAAGUGAAUUGCCUGUUCUUGUUAUGCCAAAACCUAGAAGACCUUAUACGCCUACGCGUGCUAUUCUCGGUAGAUUCGAUCAUGACAAGACGCAAGUAGAAGAGGAAUCAUUGCAUGAAGAAAUCUCACCUAUUCUGUUGCCAACAGCUCGUGAAGGUAAAAAGACGCACAUAAAAUUCAUCUUGCUUAAAACAAUAGUAACAGAACCCCCAAUCGAAACAAGCCAGGGACAUACAGCACAACAGUCAGUCAUGAAUUAUUCUUCAACGAGAGAGUAUGAUUCUGCUGUUGAGUCCUUGUCUGAUCCUACAAUGGAUACACAUAGUCAAAUUGAAUUGCCCAUGAUAAAAAAGCAAAUAUCACGCCGACCUCUUCAAGUGUUGCAAGAGCAACAGAAGCUACAGAAACUGCAAGAGCAGCAGAGACUACAAGAGCAACAGAAACUACAAGAACAACAGAAACUGGAAGAACAGCAAAAAAUGGAAGAGCAGCAACGACUUCAAGAACAACAAAUGCGCGAAAAAGAAGAAUACACCCGCCUAUUCCUUGAACUUAAGCACCAAGUCGAACUCAUGGAACAACAACGCAUCAUUGAACGAGAAGAAUGGGCAAGAAAAGAACAACUUCAUCUGGACCAACAAAACCAAAUGUUAGAAAAACUCAUGAUGACAGAAGAACAACUCAAUAACUAUCUCAUGAAGCAACGUUAUCAAAAACAACUACAGCACAAACAAUGGCAACAGCAAAUGAGCGAAUUGAACUUGAAUGAGCCUCACGCAUUAAACAAGAGUCGAUCGGAAGAAUUUGACAAGUCUCGUAGUGUUGAAGGUGAUUUUCUACCUAGACAUUCACGUCGAAACAGCGUUGUUAGCAAUAAAAGUCGAUUAGAUACAACAGCCAGUCCUUCCACUACAUUGGUACCUACACCCAGUCACCGAUCUUCUGUGGCAUCACUCAGAAAGACAAGGCCGCGAGCAAGAUCAACUGAAUCAGCUAAAUGGCAGCAUCCUCGUCGAGAAUUUGAGCAACCGCAAUAUUAUCUCCCUGAUCGUGCUUAUUAUCCACUCUCUCUGCCUCCGCCUAAACCAAGAAAAAGUCGAUCGACGGGUAAAGAACCCUUACACUAUAGAAGAUCCCAAGGUUAUCCUCAACCUUACUUUCUAGAUCAAGAUGACGAUGAUGGAGAAGAAGAGUAUUGUUAUUAUGAGCCUGCUUAUUAUCCACAAAACUACAUGUAUAGUCCAGAUUAUUGUUCACCUAUGAUGCCUGUCAAUAGGCAUUAUGGACCUUCAAGGUAUCGAUAUCACUGAGAAUAAAAAUAAAAUAAAAUUGGACGGUUCUUUCAAUGCA